AUGAGGAGCACCUUGCUGUUUGCAGCCAUCCUGGCCUUCAGCCUGAUCCAGAGCAGCUGGGCUGUCUGUGAGAAGUCGCAGGAGCAGGUGGUGCCUGGCAGGGGCCACAGCAAGAAGGACUCGGAUCUCUAUCACCUGCCCCCAUCAGUGCUCCGGAAACUCUUAGAGAGACGCUCAGUCUCUCUGGAUGGGCUGCUCAAAAUGCUGAGCAAGGCCAGUGUGGGUCCUAAGGAGUCACCACUUCCCCAGAAACGUGACAUGCACGACUUCUUUGUGGGGCUGAUGGGCAAGAGGAACCUCCAGCUGGACAUGCCUAUUGAUGCGAACCACGAGAACGUCCCCAGCUUUGUCAGCCUCAAGUAUCCCCCCAUUGCAGAGUGA